AUGUCCGACGAUUUAGUUUGUCUGGUUUGUGGCGACCGAGCACUCGGCAAGAAUUUCGGUGCCGUUACGUGUGAGUCGUGUAAAGCAUUCUUCCGGAGAAAUGCCCACAAAAUCAGACUAUUUGUGUGUAAUUUCGACAACAAAUGCCAAUUAGACUCAAUCACCAGAAGAUUCUGUCGCACGUGUCGACUCACAAAAUGCUUUGAUAUCGGAAUGAAAGAGGAUUGGAUAUUAAGUGAUUUGGAGAGAGAGGAAAGACGUCUGAAGAUUGAGUCGAGACGUCUUAAGCGAAAACAUAGCCAAUCCAAUGAUAAUAGUCAUACAAACAACAAAUCUACUGAUUCCUCACCACCUGAAGCCUGUGUCACAUCCACUGGUGAUGAUAGCGCCGACACCAGUAACUCAACUCUCAUAUUAUGCAACAGUAGUGGCGCUGAAGAUUCGCCUAAUAAUUGUCAACAAAUGUCUGCCAAAGUGUUUGAUCCGCACUAUAAGGUUACAGACAAUGCCUAUGAAAGUGUGGUUGAGUUUGACUUCGCGGUCAUCCCUAUCGCCCGACCCAUCACUGACUACAACAACAACUUUACUGAGAAUGAGUUCCUUAGGCUCCAGGAGCUGUUGUCGGCCACCAAUCAUAUGCAGCGAAACUACAUACCAGUGGCCACUGAAGAGCCCAAACAAUUCAACGACUUUUUGAAUUGUCUGCUCCGGAAGUGUGAGAAUGAUAUCCCGGUUAUUGUGAAAAUGUGUCAGAGUUUGCAUGGAUUCAACACCAUCUGCGAGUCCGACCAGAUCUCACUCCUCAAGUUUGGGACACUUGAAGUGAUUUUAUUCAGAUUUGUGGUCACCAUUGACCGCAACACCAAUUGCUAUAUUGUGGUCGAGGAUAACAAAUCAACCAGGCUCAGUUUGGAAUUCUGGAAGUGCUCGCGUGAAGCGAUCAAAUAUACCGGUCAUAGUAACUGGAUCAACAAAAUGUUGAGCCAAUGGGAUGGCGACCCUAUUAUUUUGGAUUUGUUAACGGCAAUAUUGCUAUUCAACCCAAACCGGCCUAACCUCCAACAUGUUGAGGCUAUUAAACUUCAAAGGUAUUGUUAUAUGCAUUUACUCAAUCGAUACCUACUAUUGAAAUACCGGUCCGAUUGCGAGGCUAAGACGCGACUCUUAUUUUUUAUGAGUAAUUUUGAUGACAUUCACGACUUGAGUGUAAGACACGCCACCUCUUUCAUGCGGGACCACCCGAACCUCCAGAACCCCUUUCCCCUUCUCAAAGAGAUUUGCAACAUCAAUACAACUAAUACUAGCAAGAAUUUCGGUGCCGUUUCGUGCGAGUCAUGCAAAGCAUUCUUCCGUAGGAAUGCCCACAAAAAGGAUAGUAUUUGGUGUCAUUUCAACAGCAACUGUCGUAUAGACCCCAUCACCAGAAGAUUCUGUAAAUUCUGUCGAUUGAAGAAAUGCUUUGUUGUCGGAAUGAAAGAGAGUUGGAUAUUAAGCGAUGAGGAGAGGGAGGAGAGACGACUCAAAAUCGCGACAAACCGUCAAAAGUUGAGUCAACGCCACAAAGGUAUCAAUACUGAUGGGUCACCGCAGAUAGCAUCGGACACAUCCAGUGAUAGCCAUUUGACACAACAGUCGGACAAUAAUCCUAGUGCUGAACAACCGGAUGACCUUUCACUCGACAUAUCGGAUGACUUAAUCAAAAUUAUAGCAGACAUUGAUUUAGACGACAUUCCCAUCGAGCGAUCGAUCGCUGAAAACCACAAACAGCUUAAUGACAGUGAAUUGGGUCGUCUCCAAGAAGUGAUCACUGCGUCCAACCAUUCCCUACCGGACCUCAUUCCUAUCGCCACAUCAGAGGCCACAGACUUUUAUGAGUUUAUUCAUUGUUUGCGAAAUAAGGGCGAAACGGAAAUACCACUUAUUGUGCGGAUGUGCCGCCAUUUAAGGGCAUUUGACACCCUUUGUGGUGACGACCAGAUCUCACUCCUCAAGUUCGGGGCGAUCGAGAUGUUGGUUCAGAGGCUUAUUUGCACUUAUGAUUCGGCCACCAAAUGCUUCAUUAUACCCCAGGGUGACAAAUCAACCAAGCUCAGUCUGGAAUUCUGGAGAUUCCAAGAGAGAAAAUAUACGGGAUAUAUGAACUUGUUAAGCACAAUGUCGAGUAAAUGGGAUGGAGACCCACUUGUCAUACAUUUGGAUUGGAUACUGAAUGACGAGGAGAGGGAAGUCCGACGAAUCAAAAUAGAGACCAAACGCCAGAAGCGGAAGUAUAACGACGACAGCAAUAGUUAUAUCGACUCUUCCAGCGAUUCAUCCCCUGAACAGUCAAAUUCAGGCUACAAUUAUGCCCACAAAGACAUCAAUGACAUAAACACAAACACCUGUUCCCCACCAGACGUUAAGAGCACCAUAACCAAUGAUGGCGCUGGCAAUGGAUCCAAUAUAUCCAAUUUACACGGUAUGAAAGUGGGAGUGCUUUCACCACACAUUAGCGACAUAUCAACCGAUGAUAAUAACACCGAUGCCGUUGUGUCUGACAACUGGUCUGUCGUACCGGUUGGGCGAUCCAUCACUGACUCUGACACUAACUCAAGAGGUAUGGAAGUGGAAGUGUUUGCGCCAAAAUCAUCAGAAGAUGAUAUCAACAAUUUGAUUAAGUUUGACGACUGGCCUGUCGUACCCAUUGGGCGACCCAUCACUGACUACAACAACGGCUUCAACGAGAAAGAGUAUAAUAGUCUCAAUGAGCUGAUGGCGGCCACCAGUCAUUUGCAGCGAAACUUCAUAUCAUUUGUCACGUCAGAGCCCACCGUUUCCGAGGAAUGCGCCAGAAUUUUGUUCACUAAAUGCGAGAAAGAUAUCCCAAAACUGGUGAAGAUGUGUAAGAGUUUGCGCGGAUUUAACACUGUCUGCGACUCCGACCAGAUCUCACUCCUCAAGUUGGGGGGACUGGAGAUGAUAUUAUUGCGCUCAAUCAUCACCUAUGAUAGUCUCACCGAUAGUUGGAUUGUGUUCGAGUUAACGUUGAUAUUGCUGUUUAAUCCCAACCGACCGAACCUCACACAUAGGGAUACCGUUAAACUCCAGCGACAUAUGUACAUGCAUUUAUUGCAACGAUAUUUACAUUUAAAAUAUCGGUCUGAAUGCGAGGCAAAGUUACGGCUAAUGAGACUAAUGAGUAGUUUCGAAGAUAUCCAUGAGCUGGGCAUAUGUCACGCCAAUGCCUUCAUGGAUUGGAUACUGAAUGACGACGAGAGGGAAGUCCGACGAAUCAAAAUAGAGACCAAACGCCAGAAGCGGAAGUAUAACGACGACAGCAAUAGUUAUAUCGACUCUUCCAGCGAUUCAUCCCCUGAACCGUCAAACUCAGGCCACAAUUAUGCCCACAAAGACAUCAAUAAUAUCGACACAAACACCUGUUCCCCUCCAGACAGCGAGAACACCACAAACUUUGAUGGCUUUAACGAAUCGGACUCCCGAGGAAUGGAAGUGGAAGUGCUUUCGCCGCAUAUUAACGACAUAUCAGACGAUGAUAUCAGCGAUUUGAUUGAGUUUAACAACUGGCCUGUCAUACCGGUGGGUCGACCCAUCACUGACUACAACAACAACUUCAACGAGAAUGAGUUCAGUCGUCUCAAUGAGCUGUUGGCCGCCACCAGUCAUUUGCAGCGAAACUUCAUACCAUUUGUCACGUCAGAGCCCACGGAGUUUCACGACUGCAUCCACACUAUACUAAACAAAUGCGAGAAAGACAUCCCAAAUAUGGUGAAGAUGUGUAAGAGUUUGCGAGGAUUUAACACUGUCUGCGACUCCGACCAGAUCUCACUCCUCAAGUUGGGGGGACUGGAGAUGCUUAUGUUGCGGUCCAUUGUCACCUAUGAUAGUCUCACCGAUAGUUGGAUUGUAUACGAGGAUGAUAACAAAUCGUCUCGGGUUAGCCUGAAUAUGUGGAUAAAAGACCCUGAUCCAUCUAUAAGUGUAGGCCUAUAUGAAGAACAUAAGAAAUAUAUAACAAAUAUGAUGGACCUAUGGGAUGGCGAUCCCCUUGUUCUCGAUUUGGAUUUCAAAUGUCCUUUCGAUAACAAUUGUCGCAUCGAUUUAGUCACCAGAAAGUUCUGCAAGAAGUGUCGGCUCAAGAAAUGCUUGGAUUUGGGAAUGAAAAAAGAAUGGAUCCUUUCGGACGAAGAGAAAGUGAAUCUGCGGAACAAAAUCGUCGAAAACCGAAAGAAACGCCAAACCGGUCAGAGAUUGCCCUCAAAGGUGGCCGACUCGACCACGACCUACCAGUUCCCAAAUGUGGUGAACUUAAUCCAAAACAAUUACGACGUGAACAGCGAGAGGACCACCUCGUCAUCCAAUGGCGACUAUCCCAAGAGCUCACCGCCCGCUCAAGACAUUGAAAUGCAUUCAAUCAUCAAAUACACGAGCAAUGAGGUGAUGGGUAGUGUCGGUGCGGUUGCCGUUCCCGUCGUCGAGCAUAAGCCUCACUCGGAAUUGCAGCAAAUAUUUGCCGAUUUGAGUUCACCCUCACAGCAGUCGAGUCUUUCAACCAGUGGUACACCGAUUGGGAGUCCAUUGAAGGCCGACGAGACACAUAAAUGCAAUGUUAAUCCUUUGAAAGGGUUGUCCGCUAUUAAUGAGUGCACCGAUUGCUACGACUCUGCGCCCAAACCGCGAAACUUUCCCAUCGAUGCCAUCAAUAACAGCAACGAUACUAAUCACUCGUUGUCCGACAUUAUAUACCCCAACCAGUGCUCUGUUAUCACCGACACCUCCAUCGAGACUAUCAAAAACAGUUGCAUUGAGAGCUUCGGCUGUUUUUCGACCAAAACUACAAACAAUAAUAGCGUUCAUAAUAAUCAUAAUGAAGAGAGUGAUCACAAAGAGAUCGUAAAACUUCAGAAGAUAUCAAACACUGUGUAUCAAAAG